UUACCAUGCAUGUUUUACGGGUAACAAAAGUCAAUUCUUUUCUUUACAUUUUAAAUCAAAUUUUAAGAUGUUAUUACUUUGUACUAAAUUAUUAUCUAAACUAAAAGACAAAAGUCAGACCGAAGUGUACAGAAGGUGAGUCUAAAACGUGUCAGAUACUUUGACAGUUUGGACUUUUACAGGAAAUAUUUAUGUUUGUCUUGUUCCUGAUCUUUAUAUUAAGGUUAUAGAGAGACUGGAAAACAUUUAUUCUUCCAUGACAAACCCUCAGUCCUCCACAGCUCAGCUACCUCAACAUGUUCUUCGACUUCAGGGCUGCAAAGCUUUCUGCAGAUGAUCUCUACAGAAAAGGAAAAGCUUGUGGUAUCUUCGACAGGGUCUUUGUGUCUUCACAUUCAACUCUCAGCAGAUGCAACCCGUCCUCCAAAGAUGCAAAUUUUCCCUUUUCAAAAGUGAGCGUCUUCCUCACAAUCGUUGUGAGCUUCACCUACAACAUUCUGCUGAACGGGGAUAUGGAGUGUAACUGCGAGGACGUAGUUCGGGACUGUUUAGUUCACAUGUUUCUGCCAUGUGGUAUUUUUAUUUUCCUGAUACUCUGGACAGAUAAAACGUGUCACCAGGCCUCUAAAUAUACAUUUGCAUGUCAAAUUAAUGGUAAAGGAAAAGGCUACCGGAAGACUUUCUGCUGUUUUUUGGUGGCUCGUGUUAUCAGGGCUUUUUGUGUCGGCCAUCUGUGGGUCGUCUCUUUGUUCAUUGAUGGAGACUGGUAUGUUUGCUUCGCAGUCUAUAGGUUUGAUCAACAAAAGCCGUUAGCCUGCUUAAAGAAAGAAAACAUGACGGCUGGGGAGGAAAUGGCCAUCAUUCAACUGAAAAAUGAUUCCAGGUUUUUUGGGUACUGGCUUCUUUUUGGACUAUUUUUUCUGGGAGCCUUGGCAUCAAUGUGCGAAUGGAAAAGAUGCUGUUCUGGAAAAAGAUCUCAACUUAUCUAUGACAAACUCUUGUUGAAAGAGGGACAUAACGAGCUGAGAGAAACUUUGCGGCAAGCAGCCAAAGGUGAGCUGACUAGAAACUAUCUCAGCAAAAUCCGUGAAGGCAGAUGGACAGAAUGUCUGGAUUUUACUGAAGAGCUGAUUGAAAAGUCCGUUAAACCACCACUUUCUACACAACAAACGAGAGAGUUGCCAGAAGAAAACAGAACUAUAAGACCAGAUCUACAUCAGGAGCCACAGCAACAAGGACCGGCCCAACUGCAGCCACAGCCUCUUAUAAAACACCUGGGCCAACAGCAGCCACAACCUGGAGAGGAAGACCUGGUCCAGCAGAAGUCUGGAGAAGAAGACCUGGACCAGCAGAAGCCUGGAGAGGAAGACCUGGGCCAGCAGAAACCUGGAGAAGAAGACCUGGACCAGCAGAAGCCUGGAGAGGAAGACCUGGGCCAACAGCAGCCUGGAGAGGAAGACCUGGGCCAACAGCAGCCUGGAGAGCAAGACCUGGAGUUGCACGAAGAAAACAGAACCAGAAUAAGACCAGAUCUACAUCAGGAGCCACAGCGACAAAGACCGGCCCAACUGCAGCCACAGCCUGUUAUAAAACACCUGGGCCAACAUCAGCCUGGAGAGGAAGACCUGGACCAGCAGAAGCCUGGAGAGGAAGACCUGGACCAGCAGAAGCCUGGAGAGGAAGACCUGGUCCAGCAGAAGUCUGGAAAAGAAGACCUGGACCAGCAGAAGCCUGGAGAGGAAGACCUGGGCCAGCAGAAGCCUGGAGAAGAAGACCUGGACCAGCAGAAGCCUGGAAAGGAAGACCUGGACCAGCAGAAGCCUGGGCCAGCAGUACCAUGGAGAGAAAGACCUGAACCAGCAGAAGCCCGGAGAGGAAGACCUGGGCCAGCAGUACCCUGGAGAGAAAGACCUGGGUCAGCAGAAGCCCGGAGAGGAAGACCUGGGCCAGCAGAAGCCCGGAGAGGAAGACCUGGGCCAGCAGUACCCUUGAGAGAAAGACCUGGGCCAGCAGAAGCCCGGAGAGGAAGACCUGGGCCGACAAAGUUUAUUUGAUUUUCUUCUCUUAACAUUUUUCUCAUGGAGAGCCACCACAUUGAGACCUUUUCCUGCUUGGUCUGGAGGACUGUUGCCAUGGGGAUGGCUGUGGGUGGGGGGCCGGAGAAGGUGUGUUUUUAAUUAUUUUAUAUUAUCUGCAUUUUAUUAUGUGAAACACUUUGUGCUCCUCAUGUAUGAAACGUGCUUUAUAAAUAAAAUUUGAUUUAGA